AUGUCUGCAACUGCUCCAGACUGCCUUGUCCCUGACCUCACCAUCCUCUCUGGGAUCUCUGAGCUUGAUGGGAUCACGAUGUGUAAAUACCGCAUUAUCUCUAACAGCUCAACCACUUGCACCGCGGUGGCCUCCUUAGAAGAAGACCAGUCUCCUUGUGGUCUACCUACCCAUCUCAUCAUCCGCCUGGAAAAGAGCCGGGAUGGCAACCCCCUCUUCGCGACGGCUGCGUUCCAGAGGCUGGCCCACCGACGACUCCCCCAUCUGGUGCCCAAGGUCUGGGGUGCUGGCCACACCCAGACCGAGAAAGGCGCCAAGAUCUCGUACAUGCUCUCGCAGUACUACAUGGACACGUGCACACUGGAGUCGGUAUGGGACGACAUGGAUAAGUUUUCACGACAUGCGUUGGUAGAACAAGUUGUGUCCAAUUUGGUCCAUUUGAAGGAUGUUUCUGUGGCAAAUGUCAACGAUGAAACCGAAAUUCUACGAGGGACACCGUUUGAGCGAACCAAGACGGGGAACUCUGCUAUGGUAGGUGGUCCUGCAUACGGUUACUUUCGUGACUUUUCGUCGUUUUUGAUGAGUACACUGAGCUCCGGCAGCAAGAGAUACAGUAUAGAUCGAAAGCCAGAUGGUACUUUGGCAAUUCAGAUGAAGUCUCCACAAGAAACUGGCUUCGGCUUCGCUCAGACGGAUCUCGACUUGUUAUUACACAUGUCGGUGUUGUGUCAUAACAACCUGGAGCCUCGAAACAUUCUCGUCCGCAAGGUCAUCACUAGCAACAACAGGGUGACGUGUCAACUGGUUUCCGUCAUUGGCUGGGAAAUGGCCGGCUUCUUCCCCUUCGCUUUCGAGGUGGGUUACAAGGACACAUGUUUGGGCCUGCAGAAUCAGUCCUGGAGCUGGUAUAGUUGGUACAGGCUCAGUGCGGGUCGCAUUCUCUCCGGGACAGCUCCUGCCGCGCGUCCCAUCUGUUUCAAACUGAUUCAAUCCAUGGUGCUCACCGACAUUGCAAAGAAAGAAGCCAACAAGCUGAACGUGGGAAACUUGGUGCAAAAGCUUUGGCAUGAAAGAGAGCAGACUAUGGCCUAUGUUGAUGCCGAAACGGGAUACGCUAAAAACCCCAACAUUGUAGGUGUCAAUUCCUUCAACAUGACUGACAAUGCUGAGCUAGAGCUGGAGGCUUUGCGCAAACUACGGUAUAUAGAUUAA